AUGGGGGACCCUAUGGACUACAGACUAAAUGGCGGCCAACCACCACUUUUCAACACAAGCGAGAGGAGCAACGAGUGUGUACAGAGCCUUCCCGGCAUGCUCGAGACCGGUGAGCUUUCCGACCUCACCAUCAUUUGCGGCAACACCCGGCAUCGUGUGCAUAAAUUCGUCCUUUGCACCGGGUCUAAAUUCUUCAAAGUCGCUUGCACUGGCAUGUACAAGGAAUCCGAUGGAGAGAUCAACCUCCCAGACGAUGAUCCCGCUGCCGUACGAAAGAUGAUUCGUUAUCUAUACAAUAUCGACUACAACCCUUCAAGGACCCGGAUACCGGACUAUGAAGACGAUGUGGAGGCAGAACCAUCCGAUACAGAAUACGACGCUGAGGCACGGUAUCGAAUGAAGCUCUUUGGAGCAGAAUUUAUCGGACGGAAAAGAAUAAAACAGCUCAAAGAGCUUGAAUGGGGAGGCGGGAAGUCCGAGGAGUCUCCCAUCUCUUCGCAACUCUGCCUACAUGCGAAAGUGUAUGCGCUGGGGGAGAAGUAUGGGAUGCAAGGUCUUAAGAAGGCAGUCCAAGGCGCCUUUGAGAGCAAAAUCCAGAGUGGCAAUGCUGGGGUCGACGACUUUGCGGAGGCGGUGGUGGAGGUUUACACUUCGACAGUCAGCGAAGACAGGGGUUUGAGGGAUGUGGUUGUCAAGAUGAUUGAGCAGGAUAUCUUGCUGUUGGAUUAUGAUGUAGUGCGGGAGGUCAUGAGGGCUACUGACUUUGCGACGGAUGUUCUGCUGUACAUGUCGCAGGGACUGAGGAGUCAGGCAAGGUUCAAAGAUUCGCCACAGACUGUAAGUCUGAGAGUUUGGGGGUCUUGA